AUGGAGCAGCCCCAGCCGUCUCCCCGCCCUGGAGUUCUUAAAGACUCCUCAGCAACAGGAGACAGAACAAAAAGGAGACAGGUGGUCCGCUUCGCCAGCUCUUCUUUUGCUGCUGACACCCCAGAAGAGCCUUCCCCAGCAGCAGCAGCAGCAGCAGCAGCAGAAGCAGCAGAAGCAGCAGAAGCAGCAGCAGCAGCAGAUGACGACGGUGCAGCACAUUCCUGGAGCCAGCAACAAAGCACUGCCCAACUUCCUCCUUCUGCUUCUCUCGCGUCCGUCCCUCAGCAACAGCCCUCGCUAUCGCUGCAGCAACAGCAGCAGCAGCAGCAGCAGCAGCAUCUGGAGUUGUCAAGGUCUUUAGUCUCUCGAUCGAGCGCCCAACUGUCUUCAAUGUCUUCGGAGGAUCCCUCGUAUCUAACGAGUCUCCCUGGGGGCCCCCUAGGGGCCUCAGGGGGGCCCCAGGGGGGCCCCCAAGGGGCCUCUAUGGGGGCCUUAGGGGGCCCCCAAGGGGCCUCUAUGGGGGCCCUAGGGGGCCCCCAGGGGGCCUCUGGGGGGCCCUUGGAGAGCCUAGAGGGCCUCGAGGGGCCCCAGGAGGGCCUAGAGGACUCUCAGGGGGCCCCAGGGGGCCCCCUGGGGGGCCCCUCAGGGUCUUCGCAACAAUCCGUAAUGUCAGGGUUGUCUCUGACAGCGUCUGGAGCUGCUUCGCGAUCGUCUCCUUGGGAGUCGAGAGGGCUGCAGCAGCAGCAGCAGAAGCAGCAGCAGCAGCAGUCAAGGGCCCUUGAGGCCCUCAGCAGCGAAGAGCUAGAUGAGGGACUUGCGCAGCUGAUAAGCUCGCUUAGAGAAGGGAAGAUAGGUGUCUCCUCUCAUAGCUUCUCUACUUCUGCUGCUGCUUCUGCUGCUGCUGCUGCAGAUAAGCCUUCAGCCUCUGCUGCAGCAGUAGAAGACUCAGCACCACCGAGCCCAGAGCAUGAAGCAGCAGCAGAAGAGGGGACCAGUCAGCUGUCUCCUACCUCCAGAGACACCCGGAGAGGAGACAAUUCAAAAGGCCUUCCAGAGCCGCCUUCUGCUGCUGGAAGAGGCGCAGCAGCAGCAAGUGCAGCACAGCAGCAGCCUGAUGCUUCCGCUGCUAUGAGGGCUUCACGCUCACUUAGGGAGAAGCCGAAGCCUCCCGCAGCAGCAGCAGCAGCAGCAGCAGCAGCUCCAUCCAGUGUGCUGCAAAGUCAAACGCCUACCAAGAGAAAGAGCAGCACUGAGAGCGUGGGGAAGCAGCAGCAGCAGCAGCAGCAACAGCAGCAGCAGCAGCAGCAGUCUCCUGCGCCACGGAAAGUGGUGAACCCUUCUCCGCCUGCGGUGAAUCGUUCAGAAGCAACAGCAGCAGCAAAAUCAGCAGCAGCAGCAACAUCAGCAGCAGACAGGGGAGGCUCAGUGGGGGGAGAAAGCCUCGGAGACAGCCUAGACAGCUUCCUUGCUAGCCCCAACAGCAGCACUUCUAGCGCGUCUCCUGCAGCCAAAAGAGCAGCAGCAGCAGCAGCACCAAGAGCAGCAGCAGCAGCAGCAGCACGAAGCGCAGCAAUGAACCGUUCCAAUAUGGGGGUGUCUCCGUCUGCUUCUCCUUCAAAAAAGAGAGAAGAGACAAAUAAACAUCAAGGCAAGCUAAGGGCCUCCUGGGACCCCUUACUAGAUGUUAGCUCCAGCAGCUCGGGUGUCUCCUCAGCUGAGGAGACACAGAACGAAGAAGAGCAGCAGCAGCAGCAGCAGCAGGCAGCUGCAGCAAACCCCAACCAACGCAGGAGAGAUCAGGCACCGUACAAGUCUCCUGCUGCAUCCCAGCAAAUGAAGAAGGGACACGCAGCAGCAGCAGCAGCUCCUGCUGCUGCUGCACGCAGGCCAAAGUAUACGAGGUCUCUUGUUGCUGCUUCUCAGGGAGACUUGCAAGAGGCCCAAAGUGGGGAUUACUUCCGUGGAAUCAGCAGCAGCAGCAGCAGCCGCAGCAGCAGCAGCAGGAGCAGCAAUAACAACAGCAGCAGCAAUCGGGGGCAACGAAAUGGAGGCUCUGCUCCACCGGGCCCUUCUCGCAGCGGUAGUAGGGGCCCCAACAUGCAGCAGCAGCAGCAGCAGCAGCAGCAGUCGUGCAUAAUCGGAGAGAGGAUGGACUCCAGCAAGUCGUUUAGCUGCGGACAGGAGUUGCUGCAGCAGCAGCAGCAGCAGCAAGCUUUGCUGCAGCAGUCUGGCGAGGAGCUGCAGCGCGAAAGCGCUGAGCUGCAGCUGGAAGAGCAGCAAAUGCUGGCAGCCUUAGCAGCAGUAGCAGCGCGGCAGCAGCAGCAGCACCGCCAAGCAGCAGCGCUGCUAGAAGGCCAAGCAGCAGUGCAGCAAAAUGAAAUGGAGGUAAUAAGGAUGCAGAUGAAGAACAUGAGGGCUGCUUUACUGAGCUGCCGUGCUGCAGCAGAAGCAGAGAGACAGGAGUUCUUGCAGCUUGCUGCUGAGCUGCGCAUGUACAGGUACAGCAGCAGCAGGAGCAGCAGCAGCUCGCUCACAGCUAGGCAAAGGCUCAUGUUGCUGCUGCAGCAGCAACUCAAACACUACAACGAGAUGGCUGCUAAGGCUCAGCUGCAGCGGCAGAAGAGCGACGAGCUGCUGCAGCAGCAGCAGCAGGCUUCUGCAGAGGCCGCUGCCAAUCUGCAGCAGGAGCAGCAGCAGCAGCAGCAGCAGCUGCAAGCAAAGUACGCCUUAUUGAUGAGCAGAGACAUGCAGCAGCAGCAGCAAGUAAACCGUUCCUUAGCGGAGACACAAGAUAAGUUUAGGGAGCUACAGAUUAAAGAGCAGCAGCUGCAGCAAGAGUUGGAGGCGCAGCACCAGAAGUUCAUGGAGGAGCAGCAGCGGCUUCUGGAGCAGCAGCAGCAAGAACAUCUUGCUGCACUGACGGCGGAGCGGGAGCAGCAGCAACAGCAGCAGGAGCAGCUGCUACAGCAGUAUCAGCAGCAGAUGGCAGAGUUAGAGGCCCUAAAGGAGCAGCAGAUGCAGGAGCAGCAGCAGAUCGAAGCAGCACUGGAGCAGCAGCGGCAGCUGCUGCAGCAGGAGCAGCAGCAGCUAGAAGAGGCCCACCGACAGCAGCAACAAGCCCUAGAAGAUGAAAUGCAGCAGCAGCAGGAGCUGCGACAGCAGCUGCUAGCAGAGCAUGCGAGGCAAGAAGAGUUGCUGCACCUGCAGCAGCAGGAACUGGAGCAGCAGAGGCAGCAGCUACUGCAGGAGGAGCAGCAGCGAGCAGCAGAAUAUGCAAGACAAACAGAAGAGCUGCAGCGCGCUCACCAGCUGAUGGAGCAGCACGACUUUGAGGUGCAGCAGCAGCGGGAGGACCUGCUGCGGCUGCAGCAGCAAAUCCAGCAGCAGCAACUCGCGCUGCAGCAGCACGAAGAAGACAGACCGCCGGAAGCUCAGAUGCAGGCAGGUGAGCAGCAGCAGCAGCUGCAGCAGCAGCUGCAACAGCAGGUGCUCCAACAGCAGCUACUGCAGCAGCAGCUACUGCAGCAGCAGCAAGAACUGCUGCAACAACGGCAGCAAGAACAAAUGGAGGUAGAGCAGCUGAAGCAGAGACUGCUAGAAGAGCAGGCGCAUGCGUCGCAGCUGCAGCAGUCACAGAUGCAGCAGUUGCUGCAGCAGCAGCUGCAGCAGCAACUUGAAGAGCAGGAGAGGCAGCGCUUGCUGCUGCAGGAGGACAGCACCAAGCAGCAGCAAAUGCAGCAGCAAGUGCAGCAGCAAAUAGGCCCUGGAUAUGCUCCAGCAGGUGUGCAGCAAGUGGGCCCUUCGGCCGGCCCGCUGCUGCAGCAACAGCAACAGCAGCUGCUGCAGCAGCAGCAGCAGCAGCUUGCACAGCUGCAGAAGCAGCAGCAACUAGCACAGUUGCAGCAAGGUGAAGAGGCAAGGCCGUUCCUGCAGCAGCAGCCACCGCAGCAGCAACUGCUGCUGCAGCAGCAGCAAGAUUUGUUGCAGGCUGCUGCCCGUCCCCUGUCUCCUAGCAUGACUCGCGAGGAGCAGCUGCAGCAAAUUGAAGCAAUGGAGAAAGAGCUGCAGCAGCAGCAGCAGGCUGAGAUAGAAGCCUCAAAGAAGGGUCUUUCAAAGGCGUUGCUGCAGCAGCGGGUUCCAGCUGUGCUGCAGCAGCAGCUGCAGCAGCAGCAAGACCACCAAGAGGGCCUCCUCCCCCCUGCUUUGUCUCCUGCUACUGCUGCACCUGUCUCCUCUCCGUCUCCUAAACGCCAGCAGCUACAUCUUUCUUUGUACGAACCUGAAGAAGCAGCAGAGCGCGAGCAUUACAAGCUGCUUAAUGAGGAGUUGCAACGCCGUUGCGUGGGGCUGCAGCAGCAGGUAGUGGAGCUUCAGCAGCAGCAACAGCAGCAGCAGCAGCAGACCGGCGCGCUGCAGCGGGAACAGAUCGACUUUGCUGCUGAGAAGCUCUCAGAGCUAGAGAAGUAUGCGCAAGCCCUCGAGCAGCAAAACAAAGAGUUGUUAGAGACAGCUGAAGCAGCACUGCAGCGGCAGCGCCAAGAGCAUCAGGAGGAGCUGCAGCGGGUGCAUCAAGGGACGCAGCAGCAGCUGCAGCAGCAGACACAGCAGCACGAGCAGCAACUCGAACGUGAGAGAGAGCAGCUAGCUUCUUUCUUUAAGAACGAAUAUAACAAAGUUAUGGUGCAGGCGAAAGAGCAGCAGCAAGAGCUGCAGCGAGCUAAUACUCUAUUAGAUGAAGCAAGAGAGAAGCAAAAGGGGGUAGAGGAGCUGCAGCAGAAAACAGAAGCAGCGCAGCAGGAAGCCAGACGGUUUGCUGCGGAGUACCUCACAGCUGUUCAGGAGAAGGAGACAGCUGCAGCAACGGUGCAGCAGCUCAAGGCUCUUAAAGCUGCUGCUGAAGAAGAGAAGCAGCAGCUAGCUCAGUCUGUGGAGAGGCUGCAGAAAGAAACAGCGGAGAUGAGACAGCAGCAGCAGCGUCAGUGGGAGCAGCUGCAGCAGGAAAAGGAUUCGCUGCAGCAGCAGCUGCAGGCGGAGAAGCAGCAGUUGCAGCAGGAAGUGCAGCAAGCGCAGCAGCAGCUAGCAGACGAACGCGAGCAGAUGCGUAUGCUGCUGCAGCAGGAGAGAGACACUCUGCACCAACAAGCAAAGAAAGAGAGACAGCAGCUUCUUAAAGAAAAAGAUAAUAACGACAAAGCCCACAGAGAGCUCUUAAGAAAGCUAGAACACUCGGAAAACCAGUCAAUAGUAAUGAAGCAGCAAGCAGCAGCAGCAGAAUUUGAGAGCAAAGUGUUAGCGGCGAGGUGUGAGAAGCUGCAGCAGGAGCUGCAACAGCAGCAGCAGCAGCAGCAGCAAGUACGGGAGGAGAGACAUAAAACAAUACAAACGCAGCUAGAAGAAGAGCGUAGUCUAAGUCAGAGGCAUGCAGAACGCUUAAAGAGGCUGCAUACAGAACAGCUAGAAGAACUGCAGCAAAAAUAUGAAGAAGCAAUAGAGACACUUAAACAUAAGGGCACGGAGAAGGCAGAGAGAAAGGCUCAAGUACUUGAGCAGCGUCUAGCAGCAUUAGAAGCUGAGCAAGAAGAGAGGAAGAAGAAGCUGCUGCAGCAGCAUCAGCAGCAACUUGAUCAGCAUAAACAAGCAGCAGAGAUAGAAAAACACAACCUGCAGCAAGAGCUAGCAGCAUUAAAAGAUAAAAUUAACUCCCAGACUGAACAACUCAGAGACAAACAUAAAAAAGAAAUGCAGCUUCUUGAAGAAAAAUAUAAAAAAAAGGCAGCACAACAUGCAGACAAAAAUGCAGCGCUUGAGGAGCAGCUGGCUGAGGAGCGCCAGAAGAGGAGACAGUUGGAGCGGUUCCGGGGGUCUCUGCUGCAGCGAGUAGAGCAGCUAGGUGAAGAAGCACAAAGCCUAGAGAGACGCCUAGGAGAGAUUACAACAAAGUACGAGACAGCAAAAAACAGCAGAGACAGCGCCUUACAGCAGCAAGAAGAGCUGCAGGAGGAGGUGAAGCGCUACAAGCAGCAGCAGCAGCAGCUGCAGCGAGAGGCGGAAGAUGCACAGCAGCAGCUGCAGCUCCUACAGCAGCAGCUGCAGCAAAAGACCAAACAGUUCGAAGCUGCACGCAGCAUGCAUGAGCGUACAAGCGAGCAGCUAAAGGCAGCAAAUGCAGAGAUAACGAGAAGGAGACAGAAUCUGCUGUCUGCUACUGAUAAGUGCAAAGCUCUUCAAGAGUCGUUAGAUGAAGCUGCAGCAGAAGCAGCAAAAAAAAGCCAGGAAGCAGCCUCCUGCCAGAAGCGACUACAGCAGAAGGAGCAGACAAUAUCGGAUUUGCAGGCGGAGUUGGAGGAUCUUGAGAAGAGACAUCAGCAGGCGCUGCAGCAAGCUAAGUCUCUUGCUGCAGCGCAGCAAGAGGCUACGAUGCUGCAGGAGGAGACAGCCAGCCUCCGUGCUGCCUUAGCUAAGGCGAGGACUCAGAGCAAAGCAGCAGAAGCGCAGCUAGCAGCAAAAGACCUAGAGAUGGAACAGCUGCAAAAACAUGCAGAGACAGCUAAAUCAGAGGCGAAGAGUUCUUUUGCGGUAGAGGCGGAGAUGCUGCGAGAAGAAGAGAAAAAGAUGUCUCAGCGUCUGUCUCAGAGCGAGGCUUUGGUAGAGGAGCUGCGGGAGACAGCAGCAGCAGAAAGAGAGAAGGCAGCAGCAGCAGCUUCAGCUGCUGCUGCAGCACAAGCUGCUGCUGCUGCAGCAGAAGAGCGAUCUCGACUAUUAGCAGAAAGAAUUAAAACCCUAGAAGACAGCCGCAGCAACCUGGAGGUGCAGCUCGCACACAAAACCCAGACAGCGCAGGAGGCGAGCGCGGAAGCAGCAGCAGCAAUGCAGUCUCUGAAAGAAUUCCUUGCAGGCUUCAGCAAAGAGCAGCAGCAGAUGAGGCAGAUGCUGCAGACCAUUAGCAGCAGCAAGCGCGAAGCCGGCACUGCUGCUGCUGCACCUGCUGCUGCUGCGGGCACUCCGGCAGAGAACGCCUCAGCAGACACUGCAGUGGCUGCGCAGGUGCAGCAGCUCAGCCAGCAACUCGCAGAGCUAACCAAACUGCAGCAGCAGCUGCAGCUGCAGCAGCAACAGCAGCCGCUUACCGGCAGAGGUGAAGCAUCAGGCCCAGCCCCAGCAGCAGCUGCAGCAAGCAACAACAACGAGGCUAUGCAGAUUAUCAAGCAGCUGGUUGAGCUUAUACGAACCCCCAAAGAGCAGCAGCGCGAGCCUGUGUCUCCGUUCUCAUUAGCAGCAACAGCAGCACCAGCCGCACCACCAGCAGCAGCACCAGUAGCAGCACCAGCAGCACCGGCAGCAGCUCAAGCGGGAGCUUUACCUUUGGAAGUGCGUCGUCUCCUCAACAGCGUAUUAAGUUGGGUCUCUCAGAGGAGAGGCAGCGUCCCUGGGGUGUCUCUGCUGCAGCUGCUGCUGUCUCUGUCUCCUUUUGUUGGUGCUGAGGAGACAGCAGCAGCAAUCUGCAGCCUAGGAGAGUAUCUGUCUCCUUUAGCUGGGCUUGAAGGCCUUUCCCGUGUGGUGUCUCCCCCCUCGCGUGCUGCUGCUAUGUGGAGACAGUCGGCCAGCUACAGGCCUACGAACGCUGCAGCGGAGCAGCAGCUGCAGCAAGCAGUGCAGCAGGUGCAGCAGCAAGCAGCAGCAAGCCCAGGAACCCCUCUCAAGCAGCAAGAUGCUGCAGUUGCUGCGCUGCUUAAUGCAGCCCCAAAGGCCCACCCUAUGUCUGUUGUGCAUGCAACGAGAGGCCUAGGGCCUCUACUGGAAGCAAAUGCUUCGCUGCAGUUGCUGCAGCAAGCUAAGGCAUCAGGGGCCCCCCCCAUAGAGCUUGCUGCUGCAGCAUAUCGCUGCUUGCCGGAGGCUCAGGCACGCAGUUUCUGUGAAGAAGUGCAGCAGCAGCAAAGCAGCAGCAGCAGCACCCCGCUGCCACAAAAACAGCAACUUGAAAUGAUAGACGAGCUGCUGCUGCUGCUGCAGCAGGCGCUGCAGCUAGCAGCAAAGAACCCACUUCAGCAAACAGUGCAGGGGCCCCCUCAUUACUUCGUCGGGCCUCCGGCUCCUCCUCCAUGUGGCGGGGGCGUCUUAGUUCCAGGUGUAUGUACAGCUCAGGGUGUCUUCCCUGGUGUUGCUGCUGCACCUGCUGCUCCACCACCGGCGUUCGUGCCGGUGCUGCCUCAUGGCGGCGCCCGCUGCUCGGGGACAGGCGGCAGCAGCAGCGGCCCCGUGUCUCCUGUAGCUGCUGCUGCUCCUUUUGCUAUUGCUGUGAGAGGCAAGGAGAGAGCCUUCGCCUGUCAGCAACCCCCUCGCAACUAUGCAGUAGACGCGAGGCUUAAGUACGAUGUCCUCGCCAACGGCAGCAACAAAUCAAGCAACUAG